CAAUAAUAUAUAUUUUUUACAUGUUUAAAAAGUUCGAAGAUCGGAGAAAAUAAAUACAUUACAAAAAACAACAAUCAUGGCGCUUUUGAGGUUAAAAUAUGUGGUGGCCUGCAGCCGGAGGGUCCGCGGGUACUCCUCGCCGGGCGCCGGGCUCAACGAGGUGGUGGUGGUGUCUGCCGCUCGCACGCCCAUGGGCUCCUUCGGCAGUGCCCUCAAGUCCUUGUCUGCUCCCAGGCUCGGGGCCAUAGCCAUCCAGGCGGCGGUGGAGCGGGCGGGCAUCCCCCACGAGGCGGUCCAGGAGGUGUACAUGGGCAGCGUGUGCCAAGGGGGCCAGGGACAGGCCCCCGCCCGCCAGGCGGCCAUCUUCGCAGGCCUGCCCACCUCGACCAUCUGCACGACGGUGAACAAGGUGUGCUCGUCGGGCCUCAAGGCCAUGAUGCUGGCGGCCCAGGCGCUGAUGUGCGGCCACCAGGAGGUGAUGGUGGCCGGCGGGAUGGAGUCCAUGAGCAACGUGCCCUUCUACCUGGCGCGCGGCGAGACCAAGUACGGCGGCGUCACCCUGCAGGAUGGGAUCGUGUUUGACGGGCUGACGGACGUGUACAACCACAUCCACAUGGGCAACUGCGCGGAGAGCACGGCCAAGAAGCUGGGCAUCGGCCGUGACGAGCAGGACGAGUAUGCCCUGGGCAGCUACAGGCGCAGUGCCGAGGCGUACCGGAGCGGAGCCAUCAAGCAGGAGCUGGUACCCGUGAGAGUGCCGCAGAGGAAGGGUCAGCCUGAUGUGCUGGUAACAGAAGACGAGGAGUACAAACGGGUCAACUUCGACAAGUUUAAGAAAUUAAACACCGUUUUUCAGAAGGAGAACGGCACGGUGACGGCAGGGAACGCCUCGACUAUAAACGACGGCGGUGCAGCGUGCGUCAUGAUGAGCCGCCGGGCAGCGGACCGGCUGGGCGUGAAGCCCCUGGGUCGCGUCGUGGCGUUCGCGGACGCCGAGAUAGACCCCAUCGACUUCCCGCUCGCCCCAUCGCACGCCAUCAAGAAGCUGCUCCAGCAGUCAGGGGUGUCCAAGGACGAGGUGGCACUGUGGGAGGUCCACGAGGCGUUCUCCGUGGUGCCGCUGGCCACUGCCAAGCUGCUGGAGCUGGACCCGGCCAGGAUGAACGUGCAUGGCGGGGCCGUCAGCCUGGGACACCCCAUAGGGAUGUCGGCGACGCGCAUUGUGCAGCACUUGCUGUACUCCCUCCAGCCCGGGCAGAAGGGGGUGGCGGCCGUCUGCAACGGAGGGGGCGGUGCCUCCUCCAUCAUCGUCGAGAAGCUGGCGGCGGGGCGAGGCGACGGGCCGCCCACCCUCACGCUCUACACCAAGCACCCGUGCCCGCUGUGCGACGACCUCAAGCGGCAGCUGCAGCCGUUCAGGCACAGGGUGCGUCUGGAGGAGGUGGACAUCGAGGCCCCGGGGAACGAGCGCUGGCUCCGGCUGUACCGCCACCAGAUACCGGUGCUCUUCCUGCAGGGGCGGUACCUGUGCAAGCACAGACUGGACCCUGCGGUGCUCCUCAGAGCUCUGGAGGACCGCUGAGUACGCUCCUGGGCACCAGGCGAAUAUAACCUCACCGUCAUGUGAAGAGAGUCGAUACUUAACUAUCGAGAUUUUUGGAACUAAAACCAAAAUAAAACUCCAUAAGUUUAGAUUUAUUGUAGAUAAUAGCAAAAUUGGAAAUACUGAAAAAGCAAUUUUUUUCAUGAAACAGUGUUUUGGUGUUCAUAUUGUAAGCUUUCUGGCCAGAACAGUAAGCCUUCAGUUUUUUAUUGAUGGGUUGCAACAUGGAAUGCUGAAACUUUGGGCACAUCUUUUUCACUGACCAUUUUCGACCCAGGAGCCAAGAAGAGCUUAAUUGCCUUUUCGUGAUUGUAAAUCCUUGCUUCAGUUCUGCAAUACAUAUAUUUCAUGCG